UUCUCGUCAGCCAUCAAAGCCGACACAACAUCCAAGUUGUGUUCCCUUCUACUUGAUUUGCACCAUCCCAUUUGCAUUUGACCGCCACAAGUUGAUUCGUUAUCCUCUUGGCAUUGCAUUCGAAUCAUCUUGGACGAUAAGGAUCAAAUCAACGAGUGCGCUUGCCUUCAGUUUCAUUUGUCUUCUUGAUUUCAAAAGAAAGAGGAGAGAGAAUCGAGGGAGUCAGUCGUCAUGAGUAGCUUGACGGAACAACACACGACCGGAUCAUCGGUGAUCACGACGGGCAACAAGUCGCGGGUGUACACCAUCGACGAUAUCCUCGGCCGUCGAUCGUCCAACAUGGAGCCCAUCGUUCCCGCCAAACGUAUCGAGCAACAAGUCAAUUCGUCGAAAUCGAGUGAUGAUGAUGAAUCUCUGGUCAUGGACGAAGAAGACGAGGACGCCAUCUAUCCCUCUAAGUUGAGGGAUGGAUCGCUGGACGAGAUCGACAUGUCCGUUUCUUCGGCCGAGAAGCCGGGCAGCCGCAAAGUACGUCGAACGCGGACAACGUUCACCACCUUCCAGCUGCACCAGCUGGAACGCGCCUUCGAAAAGACCCAGUAUCCCGAUGUCUUUACACGCGAAGAAUUAGCCAUGCGUCUAGAUCUCAGCGAAGCUCGAGUCCAGGUUUGGUUCCAAAAUCGGCGGGCCAAGUGGCGUAAGAAGGAGAAGACCGUCGGUGCUGAAUCGCCCACCUUCAGCGCAUCUCAUUUACUCGACCGUCUGUCAAGUCUGGCUGAUGGGGAUUUGCAACACGCCGGGACACGCACGAAUCCGCACGACAUGUGGAAUCCAGUUGGGCAGCAGCAGCAACAACAGUCGCAUCCUUCCCUCAAUCCCUUCCUGGCUAUGCGCUUGCCUCACGGCAAUUUAUUCCCGUACGCCGGAAACCUUGCCGGACAUGCAACCUAUGCGGCCCAUCCAGCCGCGCUUGCCGCUCAUCACGCUGCGGCCGCAGCCGCCUGGAACAAUUUGAAGCAGAACGGUAGUCCCGUGGCGGCUGCUGCCGCUGCCGCCGCCGCUGGAUUCCAACCCCGUUAUUGGCUUCAUCCGCACUGGCCAGCCCCCAUCGGUCUGGCCGCUCAUCCGGAAGCUAGUUCCUCUCCACCUCAGCCAUCCGAUUACAGCUCGUUCGUGCUGCAGUCUCAGCAGCAGUUCCAGCACCAUCACCAUCUUCAACUCCAUCAGAACACCUCGCCGGACUCCCGAUCGUCGGCCAAUAGCAGCCCGGCAUCAUCGGCGCAAGGCGGAGAUUCACCCGUUCCGGAAAUGGAGAGCGGAAGCGGCAAGAUGGCCAACAGCGUCGACAAGACCAUUUUGGAUUUGCGAGUGAAGAUCGCCGGAGCUAAAGAUGCGUCGCCGUAGGCUUCAACGGCAUGAAAGCCAAAGUGAAACUCAUUGAUAUGGUAAUGGUUUCCUGUCUGACGCAACCAUCGAAAACGGAUGUUAGAGCUUAAUGUAUAGGUUCCCUCAUUAUAACGUAUCCAUAUAUUGUCCCAUAGCUUCGUUUAUUACAGUAUACCUACUAUAUACGUAUACAUAGUCUACGUUGUAUUGCGACCUCUCUAAUUGAAUGGUGUCUGUACAAAUUGAAUCGAUUCUCCCGAUAGGAUAUUCAAAAGAAACGAAUAACGGAAUGAAAACGUAUAACAUAGCAAUGGCAUAUUCAUAAUUAUUUUAGGCACUAUAUGAGAUACUAUGUGUGCUUUAUAUUAUUAGCAUCUUUAUUCAUUAUUAGCUUAUGCCUACGGGCCUGAAUUCAUUCCCCUGGCUUGGUGAUCAUCUUGUAGUGUUUUUCGCUGAUUAUUUUAAAAAUUGAAUUUGAUGAGUGAUCCCCCCGUACUUUUGUUUUGUUUCUUGAAACAUCGUUGUACAUGUUUGUGUGUGUUGCUGGUUGAAUUAAAAGAGCGACCUUCCAAAAUAUAAUAGUCUUUUGCUUUGA